GCUCUCGCGAGCGUCAUCUUCUGUGUGUGCGCACCACACACGAGCGAAUUACCAAAUCCCUUUCCCCCUGCAAAGGACCGGCGGCUCUCCUUCCGCGCGAGAGAGAGAAAGAAAGGGAGAGUACCAAGUGUCGCGUCCGUCCGUUUUAAUGCCGAGUAGGCCUGGCGUAUAGGCGUGCUGAAGCGGGACCGUAUCCGUUCUCCCCGUGGCCCAAAGGGCCGUACGUGUAAAAGAGAAGAUCAAUCCGCACCCGCCUACCUUUCCGGCCGGGCCGACGGAGCAGAGCAAAAGGAGCGCUAUUGGCAGAGGGAUGAACACAAAAAGCGCGGAGCAGAAUUCUGCAGUAGUGCUUUUCUUCCCGUCGUUAACGGUGCACGAUCCGUCGGUGCGCGGUCCAUAAUCGCGGCGACAUUUGAUACCCCCCCAUCCCCCAGGUUCGGGUCUCGGGAAUGUGGUGGAUUUGGGGAGCGCGCGCGUGUGUGUGUGCGUAGGCACAACUAACAGGGCCGUCCCGCAGAAGUAAGCCAGCAAUCCAUUAAUCUUGUUCCGGCCGUGCCCCUUCCGCGUGUUGCUUCUGGCUCCGCUCACCAUCGUCAUCAUCAUCCGGUCAGUACGGCCAAACGAGGGUGCAGUGUGUGUGCCGUAUUGUCCCUCAAAGCAAAAAUCACCAGGAAAGGCAAAGGAUAUUGUGUUUUUGGUGUGUAAUCUUGAAUCUCCACGUUGCCCCGGACCAGCGGCACAGCAGCAAACAGGCAGCUUGAAUGCAGUCAAACUCCUACGUAAGGAAUCGCACUACCACUGAAGAACGAUGGCUUCGCAGAAUGGGCGCGAAUCCAAGGAUGGUCCGCCGACCCAGGGACCGGUCGGGCUACCGCAGCAGCAGCAGCAGGAGCAUUCGUGUGAAAUUUGCGGCGCGUCCGGCCUGUCGGACGAGGCGAUGCGCGACCACACGCGACAGUACCACGUGGAGGGCAGCGCGCAGUGCCCCUUCUGUGGGCUCUCCGGUGUGCCGGCGGCCGAGCUGCUGCUCCAUGUGAACCAGGCCCACCUGGACUACCUAACGCCCGAGAACGAGCUGAUGUCGUUCAUCGACGAUCAAACGCCGAGCUUUUGCAGUGUCGACGGGGAUUCGGACUCCAUCUCCGACUGUCGCGGGCUGUCGCCGUCGAUCACGUCCGAGCUGCUCACGCCGAUGUCAGCGUCCGGUGGGAUGAAGGCGGCGGGUUUCAACGGUGGUGGUGGUGGUGCUAGUAGCACCGCUGUCAACCAAACGAGCAGCAGCAUUAGUACGAGCAGCAACGGUCUGAUGAUGAUCAGCGCUAGCGAAAGUUUGACGACCGUUUCGUCCAGCACGGGAAGCCACAGCAGCAAUCAUGCACAGGGCGCCGCUUCGCAGCAAGCGCCGGGAUCGUCACAGCUGCACCACAACGGUGCAGCACUGGCGGGCAAGAUGAUGGGGAGUAGCACGUCGACGGCGGCCGGCAGUAGCAGCAUGAGCAGCAGUCGCUCCAGCUUGGGCAGUAGUAGCACGAAUCUGAGCAACGGUUUGCCAAACGGCGGACACUGCUCGAAUGGGAAAAGCAUCCACAGUCAGCAUGGGCACGCAACGAACGGCGGCACAGCGGGAAUCAAUGGGAGCGGUGAGGUGCACGCGAAUGGUACCAGUACCAGCAAGGACGGCACUGUGAUGAAUGGCGGUGGAGCUGGCUGUACCACGCCGGCCGGUGCCGGAGCCGGUGGGCAAGGUUCCCCCUUGCGAUCGCAGCUAGGGCUGAAGCUAAAGUCGCACAAACCGAACGCGUUCAGCAUCGGAACGGCGGGCCCUGAAAUGGCAAACGGUGGUGCGAAUGGGGCAACCGGCUCAUCAGCCGGCCCGGCCACAAUGACGAUCACAACGAAGCAGGCGAGCCCGCUGCAGUGCUUGCUGUGCCCGUACACCUCCGACAACCCGACCGUGCUGGAGGAACACAUCAACCGGUCGCACUUUGAUCCGCUCAGUCCGGGUGUGAAUGGUGCGGGCGGCGGCGGCGGUGGUGCGGGAGGAGCCGCCGGUGGCAGUGGCCAGCACGCUGAUACGCUUAGCGUGCUGCAGUGCCCGAUAUGCAAUCGCACGUUCGAGUCCGGGUCGGAUCUGGAGCUGCACGUGAACAUCGAGCAUCGGGACAUACUCAGCCCGGCGAAGGCGGACGGUGGGCGGGCAACGAACGGUACCCCGUCCGGGGCGGCGGCCGCGGCCUCUGCACACAACGGUGGCGGCUGGGGUGGCGGCACCAGCGGCAGCCUCUGUCCGGUGUGCGGCAUUUCGUUCGAUCACAUGAAAACACAGGAGAUGGAGUAUCACAUCGAGAAGCACUUCUCGAAAAGCCCCCAAAACCCCUACCAAGGAGGUGCUGCAGUUGGUGGUGGUGUUGGUGGCGGUGGUGGUGGCGGUGGUGGUGUUGGUGGUGGUGGCAAGAACCCUUCCGCCGUGGCAGUGGAUCUGGAAAAGCAGGCGCAAAAGCUGCGCGAGCAGCGCGAGUUCGAGAUGCUGCGCGCGCAGUACGGUAUGGACGAUCAGGGUAACUUCCGGGAGCAGUCGGCGGCCGCGAUGCAGCGGGCGGUGUACGCGGGCGAGAUGAGUGUGGCCGACUACUACGAGCGGCAGGUUGGGUUGCGGGCGGCCGAAUCCCACGGCGUUGACGAUGGGUCGUCCUGCACCAAGUCCGUGUCGCCGAGGGUCCUGUCGCUAUCGUCGUCCUCGCCGAACGUGAUCAAAACGUACGUUUGCUCGAGCGUAGAUCAUUACGCGUCGAGCUAUGGCGAUAAGGGAUGGGGCUGUGGGUACCGGAAUUUGCAGAUGAUGCUUUCCUCCCUACUGCAGAACACAUCGUACAACGAAGCGCUUUACUCAGCCUGGGGCUCGCAUGGACCCGCCCGGACGGCCAUGCCCAGCAUCUCCCGGCUGCAGCGCAUGGUCGAGGCGGCCUGGGCCCAGGGCUUCGACAUUCAGGGCUCGGAACAGCUCGGCUGCAAGCUGUACAACACGCGCAAGUGGAUCGGUGCGACCGAAAUCGUGACCGUCCUGUCGUGGUUGCGCAUCCGCUGCGAGCUGGUCGACUUUCACCGGCCCACCUCGGCGGACGGGCGGCACCCGGAGCUGUUUAACUGGGUGCUGCGCUACUUCGAGGAGCCGCGCAUCCACACCCCUCCCCUGUACCUGCAGCAUCAAGGGCACUCGCGUACGAUCAUUGGAAUCGAGCAGCGAACGUCCGGGUUGUCCCUGCUCGUGCUCGAUCCGAGCCACGGUCCGCGGCAGGUGGCAGCGCUCGGUUCGUCGCAGGACUCGUUGCGCUUGAUACGUAAAAAUUCGGCCGCCAUGCGUGCACCGCAGUACCAGGUCGUGGCGGUGAAGGGACUGAUCGAUACCGAGGAUCAAUACCAGGCGAGCAAGGUGUUAAAAUCCUUACGCAUACCCCCUGACCGUUGACGAGCUACGCUGUGCUUCCUGGAGCCGGUUCGUCUUACAGUAGCAGCAGCAACAACAACAGCAACACAACGUUUUAACUACAACCCAAUAGUGCUACAAUAAUACGUCUCCCUCUCUCUACCUUCAAAAGGGAAUUACGCACGCACCAGCAACAAAAAAGUGAUCUAUUAAUCGUGUUUUGUUUUAUUUUGAUCGUGCCCUAGGCUUGUUUUAUGUUUACUUUUCAAUAUACACGCGUGCGCCGCCACUGCUACUGGCCACCGCAAAGUGAAAAGCACAGCGCAGCGCUAAAGCAAAAUUCGUAUAUCAUACACAAAAGUGUGCAGGAUGGUGUACCACUAGAGCAACAUACACGUGUGCAACUGAAAUAAGGUGUUUAAAAAAGGAAGAAAAAAACUUUCCUCGCAUAAUAUGGUGUACAGUGAAAAAAUAGGGAAUUUCGGUUAGAAUGUUUACCCUUGCGCCCUUCUAAAAGAAAGAGUUCAAACCUAGUUUUAGUAAUUCUGUUCUUACUUCGUUUUAUUCGUUCUCUAAUAACUGUUUUAAAACCUUCAAUUUAUUUGCCAUUUUUUGUUUCAUUAGAAUAAAGGGUUGGUGUUAGGAUAAAGCAACAACAACGAUGUCUAAUUAUGUGAUUGUUUUCGUUUUAUUUCUGUUGUUGUUAGUAAUAAAACUGCCUUUAAACUAGUUUAAGCGUUUGCCAGUUGUGCUCAAGAAAAGCGUUUUCUCCAGCUAAGCUACUAACCUGAUUGGUCUAAGUUUUUAACCCUUAAAUGGCUUUAAAAUCGUAGAAAGAUGAAAGAAUGAAAAUACCGUUGAAUGGACUUAAUUUUUAAAAACAAACUUAGCUUUAAUUUAAGAGAACAAAAACAAAAGUACAGUAAAGUGAGUUGCUCAAUUAUUUGUGCUUGUAAUGUGUCCAAUGCAACGAGAACCGUAGGCAGUGCUGCAGUACGCUCGUUUCGUUAAUUGAUCCUUUAAAUCCUAUCGGUCAAAUCGGGUUCAGAUACGAUGUGAUGUUAUUAAGCCAUUCGGACACUAUUCGGAGCGUAAGGGGAAUUCUAGUAUUUCUAGCCACUUCGGUGCUUCGGUGGUACAGUUUAGUAGGAUGAUAGACUUACACAUUGCGCGAGAGGCACACCCGCCAUUACCGGAAACCCGUAACACAGCAACAACUAAAGGGUAGCACACAAGACAAUCCUUUUCCUCAAAAGAAAAUGCAAAAAAAAAGAAAAAUCGUGCAUACAUUAUAUAGCAUCACACGAAAGAGUAUAUGAUGGACAUAAUAUUAAAAACGUGUGCGAUAGAGCAAUGAAAGAUAAACACAAUAUAACAAAAAUUGUAAACACACUUACACACACACACACCUGCAGGCAACAAGAGUGAUCCUAGUAAAAAUACCUUCAAUUAAAAAAAGGAUUGUGAUAUAAGUAAAGAUCGUCGUGUGUAGCCCAGAUCCGAUCAGCACCUAAUAAUAAAAACACUGCUAAUCCUUACAUCGACACUCAGACACUCAGACAUAAAAAGCAUACAACUACGCGAACGCACAGAAUAAUUGUUUUCGGAGGUAGUUGGAAAGUUGGGCGGAUCGCUAAGUGGAACGAAAUUUCGAAACAAGCAACAACACACUAAAAUACGGUACAAAGUAAUACAAUUGAAACGAGCGCAACAAAUGUCCUUCAACACAGUACGUAUUUAACUUUCGCUGGCCAGAAGAUGUACGUAUUGCUUGGGCCGAAGAAUCAAUCCGAAGUACACCUAGCGACAGAUAGGGAAAAGAGAAGAGAGAAACAAACAAAACACACACAGGUUGUAAUGGUCCUCCCACGGAUGUAGUAAGCAAUUAAGUGCACUAACAUCAUCAUCAUCAUCAUCAUCAUCAUUGCCAAGCUUCCCUAAACAUCAAUCGAUCGAUUAGAUUGUGCUAGAAACAAAUAGGCUUAGUCUCGUUUGUGAGCAAAAUGCGCUUGAUUAUGUCUUAUUGUAGCCAUUUGUUUCGCCAACCCUCCCCCGGGCGAACUACAUAAACCUAACAAGCAAUACCAAAAACCAUUUUAGCACACAUUUUACAUACCAGUGAAUAUCUCAAUAGCUUUAACUACACAACAGCAACCGCUACACAAAACCGUUUAGUGUGAUGUUUUUUAAAGCAUACGUACAUUUGCUCAGGAGCCAACUAUAUACAAAGAGUGUACAAGAUUAGUUUUGCGAUGCGAUAGGAGCACUUAAAUAUUUUGUUACAAAUUUUGCAAAAGCGUAAAUGUGGUGCAAAUGAGCGCUUGACCAUGGAAUGGCAAUGUGAGCGUCGUAACGCAACGAUGAUCAUGCUUUUAUUUUUUGUAUUGCUCAUUUUUGACGAGUGUCCUUUCAAAUGCAACGAUCCGUCUGCUGCAAACGAUCGUUGAUCGAGGGUUAACAAAACAUGGUUAUGUGAGACCGAUCCGUAAAGUGAUCACACGCUUGUACUGCGCGCACUGAAGUAUUGGAACCAGUUAGAGUUAAACGCAAUUAGAAGCUAAGGUAGUAGUAUCGAUCUUUUGCGCAAACAAGAUGAGUUCGAACAGUACGGUUUGUGUUUGAUUAUUAUCUGCUACCUGCAAACAAUGUCACACCGCUUAUCACCGUCCACGCGCCAUUGUCAUUGCAUAGUAUAAUGAGAAGGGGGAACUAUUUGCUAUUUUGCUGACCUGUUUAAAGACACGACUGGGGAAGGGGAAGAAGAAUUUUGUGAAGAUAAAAAGCAAGAAAGUUCUCCUGCACAAUACAAAACGUAAACCCGACAACAGAGGGAAUAAAGGAAUUGAAUAUGCUACAAAUCUCCCUCGUCAGGAUACGGGGUCACGUCGGAAGUGGAAGGAGCUAACAAAAAAAAAACAAACGAAAAUCAAAAGUAGUCAAAGUGUGGUGCGUCUACCACAUGCACACAAGCAUGGCAAAUUAUGUAAAGAAGCACACAUUUUACUACACAUACUUUCAGUUCCUACGCCAUUUGCGUUUGGCCUGUUAUGGGUGGAACUACUCGACUCGACGCUAAAGUAGCACUAGACAGGACAGGUUGAGGAUUAGAUGAUAGAAACCCUUUAGCGAGAGAAGGAGAAAGAGAAAUAAAGAGAGAAAGAGAGAGAGAGAAAGAGAGAGAAAGAGAAAGAGAGAGAGAGAGAGAGAGAGAGAGAGAGAGAGAGAGAGAGAGAAAAGCGAUACGAGAAACACCAAUAAUGGCCCAUGUACGUAGUGAAACGUGACCACAAGCAAACAAAAUUAUAAAAAUAUAACAAGUAAAGGUUAAAGUAACAAGAAUACUACGAGUACCUCAACUUGGACCCUGUGUGUCUCCUUGUCACGAAAUGCACGAAACACGCAAUAUCGUGGCAAUUGCAGCAAAGUUCGGAUGUGAAUCUGGUAUUCGGUUGCUUAGACCUCCCCAGAACAGCGUUUUUGAGUGUGUGUGUGUUCAUGGAAAUUUCUGCUUGCAAUCAAACACAAAAUGUUGCGCUUUGAGUUUGUGGCAUGUUCGUGAGCUCUAAAGUAAAGCAAACCAACUAGAAACUUACGCUAACUGCACUGACACAUUGAAGAAAAGUGUGUGCUGAAAACUCAAGUGCAGAGUAUGAAGGAGGGAAAAACAUAGUAAACAACAACAAAAAAAAGGAUGAAAAGAACAACAACAAAAGGAAGUAAUAAGUGAAACUACAUACCAGAAAAUACAGUUUAUUUUUGUAUGAUCGAUACUUGAAAAGUCACAUAGUUCCAUAACUAACUAUAUUAACCCGAUAGUAGCUAGAGAUAGAGAGAGAGAGAGAGAGAGAGAGAGAAAACGUAGGGAUUGGAAAAGAGAGAAAGUAAGAUAAAAAUGACGUAAAGACUCUAAAAAAUACCUACCACUGCACGCAACCCGCACGCAAAACAAAAAAAAAACACUGCGCCAAACAGGACAGGAGCAGUGAAGAGAGCAUACAAAUAUAUAACAAGUAGCAAAACUUCAUAAAACUGAAACACAAUCGGCAAAACACACAGACAAAAUUUUCCAACAAUACACAACUGUUUACAACAAAACAGCAAGAUAAAGAGGAAACCACCAGAACCCGAACAAGAAAAGAAAACAAACGACAUAAUUUUGCAAAAUCGCAAAGUGUUUGUCUAAUUCAUCUUAACAAUUCAUGUAAAAAUGAUAAUACAAACUAUUUGCUUUAUUUUA